AUGGCAACUGGUGUCGAAAAUCAUCUCAGUCUAGAAAAGGAAGUGCCGAUUGGGCCGAGUUUUUCGUACCCGCAAGACGUCGACUCCUCGUCGCCAAUAUCAAGCCUAGCGCCGGAGUCUGUCACCCACAGCCAGAGCCAGAGCCAGAGCCAGAUACCGGCGUCGCCCAGCAGCAGUUUAAGCUAUCCCCAGGUAUCGGGGCAGGGCUCGUCGGAUGAGUCUUCAGAGGUCGCACCCGAGAUUGUUGUGUGGACGGAAGAUAUGGAUUUGAGCAGCAGCAGCCUAUCAACCCAUGACCCAGAAGACUCUUCUGGCAUGCAUCUUGAUACGGAUGAUGAGAAGCAUCAGCACGGCGAUGAUAGCCCGCUACCAGUCGAACCCACAGACGACCCCAUUGCUGAGUCGUUCUCUUCUUCGCAUUCCUCCCUAACAGACCUUUCAGACGCCUCAUCGUCUCCUUCAAUUGUCUCUAGUAAGGCUACGACACCUGUCGAGACUGAAAUACCUAGUCGCCCACAGGUUGUUAGGGCGGCACAAAGCUUUUCGGCAUCAUCGCACCGCCAUGAUAUUGAGCGUUUGACCUUCAACGUUCGGCCGAAGUCAUCUGUCCCGACAGAUAUUCCAUCCUACCAAUAUGCCAGCGAGUGCAUUGCUGCCGCCGAAUCAUCGCGGCUAAAUCCGUACGCGCUACAUCCUGAAGAGUAUCACUUCCUCCGGCAUCACAUAUCCCACUCCCAAGUUACGACAUACCUUAAUAUCAGAAACGGCAUACUGCGCAUAUGGAUGAAGCAGCCAUCGGUCAGUGUAACACGGCACGAGGCGGUCGGAUGUGCUAAUGCGCGCUGGUUCGAUGCUGCGAACGUGUGUUACGACUGGCUGAUCCGUCGUGGAUACAUAAACUAUGGCUGCGUGCAGCUUCCUGAACCCCAAUCUGAACUCAGGGUCGAGCCCCCUACAAAGAAGCGAAAGACUAUCGCUGUAAUUGGAGCAGGCAUCUCAGGCUUAUCCUGCGCCAGGCAGCUAGAUGGUCUCUUUAAACAGCACGCGGGCCACUUCUAUGCAAGAGGUGAAGAGCCACCCAAGGUGAUUCUUCUCGAAGGCAGAGGUCGCGUUGGAGGCAGAGUAUAUUCUCGAGAGUUCAAAACAAGAACAGCCGAGAGCGAAAUUGAAUUCAAGGGAAAGAGACAUACCGCCGAGAUGGGCGGCAUGAUUAUCACGGGGUUUGAUCGCGGCAAUCCCUUGAAUGUGAUUGUCCGCGGUCAGCUGGGCAUACCAUAUCAUUCCCUUACUGCUGAGACUACAAUUUACGACAGCAAUGGCAAACCGGUAGACCCAAUCAGGGAUCUCCUGGUUGAAAAACUCUACAAUGAUUGUUUAGAUCGCGUCAGCGAGUUCAAGUUCAAGUCCCAGCCAUCCAAGUUGAUUGAGGGCAACCGUGACCUAAUCGAUGAUGGUCGGGAUAGCCCCGGAGACGGCUCCAAGACGAUAAUGCAAGCUGAAGAGGCCACCGCUGCGCUUCCCGAUGCUCCAUCAGUGUCCCAACAAAACGUACCCGAGACAGUAAACAUGGUUCCAGUCUCUGCAGAUAAGCUAACGGGCCGAGUACAUAACGAGCCUGGAGUCCCCGCAACUGUCAAGGCAUCAGAAAAGGCAAGGUUGAUGGGAUGGAACAUCAGACCGGGGGCGGCAGAGAAAGGCAACCUUGAUUUAACACCCGCCACCGCUCUGGAAGGAUCAACAUUAGGAUCAGUCUUGGACCACGCCAUUACCCAGUACAAGAACAUUGUUGAUCUAAACGCACAAGACCACCGAUUAAUAAAUUGGCACAUUGCCAAUCUAGAAUAUAGCAACGCUACAAAUCUUCAUAAGCUGAGCCUCGGCCUUUGGGACAUUGAUGCCGGCAACGAAUGGGAGGGCAACCACACCAUGGUUGUCGGCGGCUAUCAGAGUGUCGCUCGUGGCCUGCUCCAAUGUCCAUCGCCGCUCGACAUCAUGACCAAGUUCCCAGUGCAGAAAAUUACCUACAACGGCGAGGGUUUUGAUGGAGUAGCUAUAAUUGAAAGCGAAGAUGGUACACAAGUAGAGGCCAAUGCCGUCGUCUGCACCAUACCCCUUGGCGUCCUCAAGCAAGGCAGUAUUGGCUUCGAGCCUCCGCUGCCUUCGGAGAAGGCGGAUGCAAUUGGUCGACUAGGGUUUGGUAUCCUCAACAAGGUUGUCUUGCUUUACGACAAGGUGUUUUGGGAUUCAGACAGACAUAUCUUUGGUGUACUCCGAGAUGCGACCAACCGUCAUAGCACAUCCCAACAAGAUUAUAGCACAAAUCGGGGACGCUUCUUUCAGUGGUUCAAUGUCACCAAUACAACUGGUCUACCCUGUCUAAUCGCACUCAUGGCCGGAGACGCUGGCUUUGACACAGAGCAUACGAGUAAUGAUAGUCUCGUUGCCGAAGCCACGGAGAUCUUGAGGAGCGUCUUUGGCAAAGACGUUCCUUAUCCCAUAGAGACGGUGGUGACGAGAUGGGGUUCUGAUCGGUUUGCCCGAGGCAGCUACUCUUCGGCUGCCCCCGAUAUGCUGCCAGAAGACUACAACGUCAUGGCGCAACCUGCGGGCAAUCUUUUUUUCGCUGGAGAGCAUACCAUCGGCACGCACCCAGCGACCGUUCACGGCGCAUAUUUAUCAGGACUGCGUGCUGCAUCCGAAGUCUUGGAAGCAAUGAUUGGGCCCAUCGAGGUCCCGACUCCUCUCGUUCUCCCAAGGGACUCACUUUUGCUGCAUAAACGUAAGGAGGCGGCCAAGGAUCCCCGGCAGGCACGCUUAGAAGCAUAUGAGAUAGAGGUAUGGGAGCACGUCCUCUCCAAGAUUGGCGACCGGCCAUUGCGCCCGAACAAGGUGUCCGGUAGUGCCUACAUCUUAUUCAGCAAGGCUCAUUUUGAAGCCGCGAAAAAGAAAUGCGAAGAAAGCCGCAAACCCGGCAAGACACGGUCCCUGCCAAACGAGGUUCGCAUAAUGACAUCUCGUAUGUGGAAAGAGGCCACGCCGGACGAAAGAAAACCAUAUGAAGAACAGGCCGCUGAGCAGAAGAAGCUUUACCUUCAAGCGAUGCAGGAGUACACUGAGCUGGCGGAGAAGUGGGAUCGCCAAGCCAUCGCGCUCCGAGCUGCCUACGAACAAGAGCAUCCUAGCUUGCCCGGUCCGGAGGAAGGACCGGAGGAUGCGUCUAUGAUGCAGAAGCAUCGGCGGGCGAGGAACGUGAGUUAUGCAGAGGGUGGAGACAGCGAUGUGGAAUUAUAA